AUGGCAUUCCUCCACAUUCCUGGCAUAACCACAUUCCUUCUGCUCCUCAUUCUAUCAUAUUUUGCUCUUUUACUUUUGACACAUCUGCCAUUUGAUACCCCUACAUUUCCUUUUCCUCAUUUACCUUCCUCACCAUCAUGCGGUCCAGGUCAGUCAUGGGCUGUCCGGAUCCAUGCUGAGCCACAUCAUGCACAUGAACAGAACUCUGAAGAACUACAUGUAAUUGCCAACCAGGUAGCAGAACAGGCUGGGCUGCAUAACCAGGGCCAGAUUGGACAGUUAGAAGGCCACUACUUGCUUUGUUCUUCUCAAUCAGAUGAUAAUAUUUGGAAGAAUGAUCGCCAUCCUGUGAAUGUGCUAGCAAGCCACCCAAAUGUCCUUUGGUACUCCCAAGAGAGGUUGUUAAGCCGCUCCAAAAGAUCGAUGGCCUUCAAUGACCCUCAAUAUCCUAAACAGUGGCACCUGCACAAUGAUGUAAAUAAGGGCAUGGACAUCAAUGUGACCGGUGUAUGGGAGCGCAACAUUACUGGCCAAGGAGUCACCGUUGUGGUAGUUGAUGAUGGAGUACAACACACGCAUGAAGACCUAAAACCAAACUAUAGUCCAACGGGCAGCUAUGAUCUGAACUCCAAUGACCCGGACCCUAUGCCCCACCCAGACGUUCAUAGUGACAACCACCACGGGACUCGAUGUGCUGGCGAGAUCGCUGCUGUUCCAAAUAACAGUAUUUGUGCUGUGGGAGUGGCCUAUGGUAGCAAGGUGGCAGGUAUAAGGGUUCUGGACGGCCCACUGACAGAUAGCCUGGAGGCCAUAGCCUUCAACAAACACUACCAAGUCAAUGACAUUUACAGCUGCAGUUGGGGUCCCGAUGAUGAUGGACACACCGUGGAUGGGCCCCAUCCUUUGGGCAAGGCUGCACUUCAGCAUGGAGUCAUUGCUGGAAGACGGGGUUUUGGAAGCAUCUUUGUGGUUGCCAGUGGCAAUGGAGGUCAAUAUAAUGACAACUGCAACUAUGAUGGUUAUGCAAACUCCAUAUACACCAUCACUAUUGGAGCCGUUGACGAGAUUGGCAGAAUGCCCUAUUAUGCGGAGGAGUGUGCAUCCAUGUUGGCAGUCACUUUCAGCAGCGGUGGAAACAAGCUGAGAAGCAUUGUAACAUCGGACUGGUCCAUGCAGCAGGGGACUGGCUGCACAGAAGGCCACACUGGCACGUCUGCUGCCGCCCCCUUGGCAGCCGGAAUGGUGGCCCUCAUGCUGCAGGUCCGGCCCUGCCUCGGCUGGAGGGACGUGCAGCACAUCAUCACUUUCACUGCCACCAAGUGUGAUAACAGUUCUGAUUGGAGAGAAAAUGGGGCAGGAUUCCAUCACAGCCAUCAACAUGGUUUCGGGCUCCUAAAUGCUUGGAAACUUGUUAAUGCCGCUAAGGUAUGGGAGCCAGUGCCAUUUCUUGUGUCCUAUCAGAGCUCAGUGAUAGGGGACAAAGUGUCCAUUCCAUUAUAUCCAAAGAAGCUGGUUCGCACUUGGGAAGUCACUGCUGCUGACUUAGAACUGUCUGGGAUGGAGACACUGGAGCAUGUGGCUGUUACAGUGACAAUAAACCACCCUUGUCGUGGCAACCUGGAGAUUGUGUUGUUCUGUCCCAGCGGGAUUCCGUCAGUCAUUGGGGCUCGACGGGCUAUUGACAGAGACUCGGCAGGAUACCAAGACUGGACCUUCUCCACUGUGCGUUGCUGGGGGGAAAGGGCUCAAGGCCAGUACCACCUCAAGAUAUCUGAUCAUAAGGAACCAUCGUCUCAACAAUGUGCCAGUGUGGGAGAGUUAAAGCAGUGGAAGUUGACACUGUAUGGUUCUUCUAUGACAUUCAGGGAAGUCAAGGAUAGACAAAUGCUGGUGGAGGACGCCAUGAGUGGCAAAUACCUGGACAGCAACUUCUCUUUGCCUUGCUCUCCAGGCCUUGAUAUUCCAUCUGAGAUUAUCAGUCCAUUCACCUCAAGCAGCCUCAGGUUUCUUCUUUUGCUUGGCUGCUUUGCACUUUUCUGGUCGCUCUACUACAUACUUGAGGCCACCUUAGGCCACCUGGAUCUCACAGGCCUCCAAUGCCUGUCUUGGAGGCAAACAGGUCACAGAGUCAGGAACGGUCGUCGAGCGAGAGGAGUUGAGGAGGCAUUGGAUGAUGAGGAUGAAGGGCAUGAGGAGCAAGAAUCUGGGCUGGAGCUGCGUGCAGUGCUGGACUCUGAAACCAAAGUCUUACUUAUCAAUGGAGAGAAGACAUGA